AUGGAUCAUGAGAAUGCCAAGACGGAUAGCAGUAUAAGAAGGGGACAGCCUGUCCCCGACCCUUCGCCGUCUGCUUCAGUCGCGAACACUCCUCGUUCUUCUUUCCAACCUCAUCAUGGCGCUCCGCUCCGCUCUCGCGGCGGCCCUGGCCCUCUCCCCCUUCUGGGAUCCGUUGCGGCUCACGGCAACCACUCCCCCGAGGAAAUAGCUGCCGAGCUCGCCCUUCGUGACGUUGUGACUGCUCAUGGCAGACGCGCCCUCGACGCCUGCUCCAACUCCCCCGCCGCCCUGGCCCUCAAGCAGCGUGCCCUCGAGCGCCGCGCCGCGACCGCCAAGCAACUCCGCGAGAAGCGCGGCCUCAACGACCAGAAGAUGCGCCAGAAGCGUACCCAGGCCGACCUGGAGUCCUGGUCCGCCAUCAACCACGAGUCUACUGAGGACUACACCCUCGACACCCCUCUUGAUACAAUCUUUGGCUCCAACGCCACCUGCGCCCUCGUCCCGGAGACCACCAUCGGCCCUUACUACGUCGAGGGUGAGCUCAUCCGCACCGACACGACUGACGGCCAGGCCGGUGUGCCCGUCCACCUGGACAUCCAGUUCGUCGACGUGACGUCCUGCACCGCCGUCUCCGAGCAGCUCAUCGACGUCUGGGCCUGCAACGCCACGGGUGUCUACUCGGGCGUCUCGGCCCAGGGCCAGGGCGGUCUGAACACGACCCACGGCCGCGGCGUCCAGCAGACCGACUCGGACGGUGUCGUGCAGUUCGACACAAUCUUCCCGGGCCACUACACUGGCCGUGCCACGCACAUCCACAUCAUGUCCACCGACGGCGCCGAGAUCCUCCCCAACGGCACCUUCGAGGGCGGCACCGCGCGCAACAUCGGCCAGCUCUUCUUCGACCAGAGCCUCAUCUCCGAGGUCGAGACCCUGGCCCCGUACAUCACCAAUACGCAGACUCUCACCACCAACCUCCAGGACAGCAUCGCGGCGGACGAGGCCACGGCCGCGUACGACCCCUUCCUCAAGUACGUCAGACUCGGCGACGACCUCAACGACGGCCUCCUCAUGUGGAUCACCAUCGGUAUCAACACCACUGCCAACUACAACGACAAUGUCAGCGCUGCUGCCCACUACUACGAGGGUGGCGGCGUCGACCAGAGCGGUGGUGGCGGCCCUCCAGGCGGUCCUGGCGGUCCCGGCGGUCCUCCCGGUGGCGCCCCUCCUACUACUUGUAUGUCUCCUUUUCCUUCUGGUGCCCCUGUCGAUACUGGCUCAGUCCAGCCCGCCUCUGCUACGUCGUUAUCCCGCUAA